CGAUCCAAUCAUCGAGAUCCAGCACUGACCGGACCCAACCACCGCCAAAUCCAACACUUCAACACUCGCGCUCAUACCAACAACAACUACUCUCAGCUCAAGGAAACAAAGUUAAGCCAUCCAGGAUCAUCAUAUCAGCAGAUCUCCUAACAAUGAGGAGAGGUGGACACCACAGGCUGCACGUGAAGCAAGGAGGAGUGAAAGGAUUGGUAAGAAAGCUGUCGAUUGUUGUUGUUGUUGUCUUGAUCUGUACUGUCUCUCUCUUUUUCGCCGCCGCUGUUACCGGAACUCGCAGAUCAGCCUCUCCUUCCGAGCUGAUCAAUGUAGAAGAACUUUGGGAAAGUGCUAAUUCUGGUGUUUGGAGGCCGUCCUCUUCUCCAAGAUCUGACUGGCCUGCUCCGCCCAAAGAGACCAACGGCUAUCUGCGUGUUCGCUGUAAUGGUGGUCUAAAUCAACAACGUACUGCGAUCUGUAAUGCAGUUCUUGCUGCACGAAUCAUGAAUGCUACACUUGUGUUGCCUGAGUUGGACGCAAACUCCUUUUGGCAUGAUGACAAUGGUUUCCAAGGUAUCUAUGAUGUUGAGCAUUUUAUUCAGACCCUGAGGUUUGAUGUGCGUAUUGUUGAAAGCAUACCAGAAAUUCACAAAAAUGGAAAAAAGAGAAAAUUCAAGGCUUAUCAGCUUCGGCCACCUAGAGAUGCUCCUAUUAGUUGGUAUACAACAGAAGCUCUGAAAAAGCUGAAGGAACAUGGGGCUAUUUAUUUAACUCCCUUUUCCCAUCGUUUAGCUGAAGAAAUUGACAACCCUGAAUAUCAGCGACUGAGGUGCAGAGUUAACUAUCAUGCUCUAAGGUUCAAGCCCAAUAUUAUGAAGUUGAGUGAGUCAAUAGUAGAUAAACUUCGUGCUCAAGGUCACUUCAUGUCGAUACAUCUUCGAUUUGAGAUGGAUAUGCUAGCAUUUGCUGGGUGCUUUGAUAUAUUUUCCCCAAAAGAGCAGGAAGUAUUGAAGAAGUAUCGAAAAGAAAAUUUUGCGGAAAAAAGACUUGUUUAUAAAGAAAGAAGGGCCAUAGGAAAAUGCCCAUUAACUCCAGAAGAGGUUGGCCUUAUCCUACGUGCCAUGGGAUUUGAUAAUUCUACCAGGAUAUACCUAGCGGCUGGUGAACUAUUUGGUGGGGAGAGAUUCAUGACUCCAUUCAGAUCAUUGUUCCCUCACCUUGAGAAUCAUAGCUCUGUGGAUCCCUCGGAGGAGCUGGCUGCUAACACCCGUGGAUUGAUAGGGUCAGCUGUAGAUUACAUGGUUUGUCUACUCUCUGACAUUUUUAUGCCAACAUAUGAUGGACCUAGUAACUUUGCCAACAAUCUUCUGGGUCACCGUCUCUAUUAUGGCUUCCGGACUACACUCAGACCUGACAGGAAAGGUCUUGCUCCAAUUUUCUUGACCAUUGACCGGGAGAAUGGCUGGACUUCUAGCUUUGACGAAGCUGUUAGGCGUGUCAUGGUGAAAACCAACUUUGGUGGACCUCACAAGCGUGUCCCUCCAGAAUCUUUUUAUACAAAUUCUUGGCCUGAAUGUUUCUGUCAAAUGUCAGCACAGAGCCCUGCUGACCAAUGUCCUCCAAAUAAUGUGUUGGAUAUUUUAAAUAACCAGUUGGGGAGUGAACUGACAAGUGACUUGCAAUCAAACCUGACAACAUCUAGAACAUAAAGUUAAGAUUUUUUUUGUAUGCUCUUAGAAGUUGGUUUCCAAUCCCCUCAGUAAUGACCUCACACACGUGGAGAAAGGAAUGUUUUUACUUGAUCUUCAAGGUAAGUUUCAUGUCUGAUUUAACUUGCUAUAGCAGUAAAUUGAUUUAGCUACCUUGUGAUUGCUCUUCUA